GUCUGUUUCUGGCUGAAGCAGGUUGAAUUCGGGUGGAAAAGAACAGGUUCCAAGCACUGAGUUGACCGUUUCAUAGUCCCCAGAGGGCCGUUUCAUGCGGCUUCGAUCUGCGUCAGCAAUGACCUUCGAGGGGAGAGGGAGAUGAGAAAGCUGUUGGCAAUAGCGUCAUCAUUUGUUCAAGGGCGCCAAGGGUGAAAAGGAUCGAGAGAGAAAGUUGACCACCGCUUUACUCCGUGAGGGAGACCAAUAGUGCAUGAGACUAUUUAUUGCAAUAGUCUCAUCUCCAGCGAGGAUAAGAAGGAGAAAAGAAGGAAGAGAGGGAUGGAUAAUUGGAAAUGAACUAUGACUGUAUGUUAAAAUGUAUAGUUGUUCUUUACUGUUCUUUCGUUUCUUGUUUCAAUCAAUGUGAAGCCGCGGAUCCGACCCCUGAAAACCGCGUGCCUGAGGCUGCCGCCACUUUUCUUACUCCACUUUUCGACCCGUUCUCGCCUUUUGCUUCCCUUCCUUUCUCCUCCUGCUCCUCUUUCUUCUACGGCUCUUGCUGUUGUUGCUGCUCUCUUCUUCCUCUUCUUCCUCUUCUUCCUCUUUCCCUCCUUCGUCGUCUCUCUUCACAUUUCUCUUAUUCUUACCUGGGUGUGGUUGUUGCUGAGAACAUCGCAAGCCCCCCUGCUUGGAUCAUUGGCAUUCCUCCAUGCUCACCACCAUGGUUCUAUUUCCUCCCAUCUCUGACCUGUCUCACUAGCUUUGGGAAACCCCCCCCCCACCACCACAAACCCGAACCACGUCUCCCUCCCGUUUGGUUUGUUGUUGUUGUUGUUGGCCUCUGUUUAUAUCACGUCACACGCUCUCUCCUGGAGCGCGUUCGAACUUCCUCCUUUGUAGCUUCACUGCUAUCCUUCUGCCAUUGAUCGUCUCUACUAUUAUCUACGCCCUUGCCUGCCUCCCUUUUCGUCUCCUCCCCCCGUCAACUCCGCUCCCUCCGUCGAUCCCCUGGC